CUGGACACUCUGAGCCGUGAAGAUCUGAUCCGUUUUGUUAAGCGCCAACUAGAACAUGUGAACUUGUCCAAGAUGGAGAUCAAACGAUUGAAGCAAUCACUGGAGGAGAAGGAUGCUGCAAUAAAUGAUCUGCUCGCAGAGAAUUCGCAACUAAAGUCAUCGGAACGCGAAAACAAUGAAGAUCAAGUUACUUCACCUGCUGAGAAUGGCUCCGCGGUCAAUGCUGAUAUGGAGCAAUUGCUUGAACUCAAUGCUCAGUUAACUAAUGAAAUUGCCCUUUUGAAAAAAGAGCGAACUCGCCACGAAGAUGACCUUGCCGCUGUUCUGCAGACGAACAAUCACCUGCGAUCCCAGCUGGAUGACGCCCUUCAAGAGGCUGCAGCACUUCGAGAACAACAAACUGCCACAGAUGUCUUUUCGCUAGAACUUAAAGAUUACGAAAAAAAGAUGGUACAGCUUAACAAGUCGCUCAAAAGUGCCGAAACUGCUCUCGAAGCAAUCAAGGCUGAAAAAGAAGAACUGAUCCAGCAGUUGAGCACCCAAAAAGGUUCAAGCGUUCGCAUUACCACAGAGUGCUCCGUGCUUCAGCGACAGCUCCAGGAAGUUAAAAACGAGUUAAAUGAAGAGAAAUCUCGUAACCGUGAACUAUCAACAGCUAUGGAUCGUCUUCAAGACAAUUUUAAUGUAUUGGUAUCGGCCAAAAACGAUGAACGGGUUACACUAGAGGCGAAAAUUGCGCAUAAUGAAGAAUUAACUAACUUUUUACAAAGAUCUAAUGAGCAGAAAUCAAUGGAGAUCAGUGACCUUCUCGCGGAAAAUCAAGUUCUGAAAUCUCGCUGUGAUAAUUUGGAAGCUGAUUACCAAGCAUAUAAGUCACGGGCACGCUAUGUAUUGGAACAGCAGGCUAAAACUGUUGAAAGUGACGCGACAAACAAGCACGACAAUACAGAGCAAGUGAGAGAAGGGCUCGCUUGCUUGAAGCACGAACUGGAAGAGCUGCACAAUGAAGAACUGCUAAAUUGCCAAAUGAUGCUAAAGCUUCGUGGCACUGAAUGCUACCAGCUACAGGUGCGGACAGCUGAACUCGAGAAGCAGUUGCAGGACGAAGUAAACGCGAAUAAAAAGAAAAUACGAGCUCUCAAUGAGGAGAUUGCCAGUAAAGCGACCAUGGAAGCAAACUUGGUAAGUGAGUUGGAGCGAGAGAGGAAUCGUUGUGAAGAUGCUAUUCGACGUCUCACUGAAAUUCAAAAGGAACGUUCACGAGUCGUCAUCCCCCCUGUUUUCCCACAGCACAGCCGUGAGCGCCCUACGGACUCUUAUCCCCUGGCGGAGAUUACUGGAAGAACAUCAACGAUGUCAUCAAAUACAUUCAAAGAUGAGGAAGAAGAGCACGAGCGUACUUUGGAAGACGUACUAUUCGGUGAAGAAGCUGCUGACACCGAUUCACCGCGUCUCAAUGACGGAAAUAACGUGAAGUCUGUACAUCAGCUUAUGGAGCAAAAUGAACGGCUUGUUAAGAAUUUGCAGCACACACGAGAAUUAUUGAGUGAUACUGAAGCGACGAAUGCAACAUUGGUCGCCCAGAGCUCUCUUCUGAAAGAGGAAAUCCGCCGGCUGGAGAGAAAUGAGGAGCGAGUGAGACACAUUGAGAACAGCGAGUACUUGAAGAACAUCAUCAUUAAGUUCCUCUGUCCAGAGAGGGUUUCCGGAGAGCGUAUGCAGCUGGUUCCUAUUCUGACUACUAUGCUUCGCCUUUCUCCAGAAGAAACUGAACGUCUCAACCGCAUCGCAGCACAAGAUGAAGCGGCUCGUCGUGAAUCCGAGGGCACGUGGGGAUCUUAUCUGCGCUGGGGUCGCCUCAACUAG